AGGAUAAAUGAUGCAGCUGCCUGGCAUUUACGAGACUGGCAGCAUACAACCCACCAUCACAACCAGCAUCAAGACGCGCUCUUAAGGCGGCCACCAGACGCCAGGCUCAUGCCGACAGCGGCACCUUCAAGCAACCGAACAGUCAGCACGCACCACAGCACCACAAUGACAUCGACAUCGACAACAUAUGGCACCACAUCGACGACACAAGCAGCGCUGACAGGCUUUGAGCCAAUGGCCGUGACAGCUGCCGGCAUGGAUGUGGCCAUGGCCGGAACGGAGCCUGUAUCCAGCACCAGCAUCCCAACAUUCUGGAACUCAUCAAUUAACAGCGCAUCGGCCAACAGCUAUGACAACUGCUCGGCCUUGUUUGCCAACUACACCCAACCGACGACAGUCAUCUAUUGCAACUGGACUUGGGACUCGCUCCUGUGCUGGCCACCAACUCCGGCCGGCGCCACCGCCCACAUGCAUUGCCCCGCCGGCUAUCAUGGCGUCGAUACGCGCAAGUUUGCCAAUCGGAAGUGCGAGCUAGAUGGUCAUUGGGCUGGGCGACCCAAUUCGACUGAACAAAAGCCCACCGGCUGGACCGACUAUGGACCCUGCUACAAGCCGGAGGUGAUACGUCUGAUGCAGGAAAUCAAGGAUGUGAACCUCUACAUGGACAUAGCGCAACGUACACGCACCCUGGAAAUCAUUGGACUCUGCCUGUCCCUGUUCGCCCUGAUCAUAUCCCUGAUGAUAUUUUGCGCCUUUCGUUCGCUGCGCAACAAUCGCACCAAAAUACACAAGAAUCUGUUUGUCGCCAUGGUCUUGCAGGUGAUUGUCCGACUGACCCUCUACCUAGAUCAGUUUCGGCGUGGCAAGCCGGACUCGGCCAACAACACAAGUCUGUCGGUUAUCGAGAAUACGCCCUACCUAUGCGAGGCAUCCUAUGUGCUGCUGGAAUACGCACGCACCGCCAUGUUCAUGUGGAUGUUCAUCGAGGGUCUCUACUUGCAUAAUAUGAUCACUGUCGCGGUAUUCCAGGGUAACUUUCCGCUCCUGUUCUUCUCGCUGCUCGGCUGGGGCAUGCCCGUGCUGAUGACCUUCGUCUGGGUGCAGUGCACGGCAAUCUUUAUGGACACCUCGCUGGGCGAUUGCCUCUGGAAUUACAAUUUGACGCCCUACUACUGGAUACUGGAGGGGCCACGUCUAACGGUUAUCAUGCUGAACUUCAUCUUCCUGGUGAACAUCAUCCGGGUGCUGGUCAUGAAGCUGCGCCAGAGCCAGGCCAGCGAAAUCGAGCAGACGCGCAAGGCGGUGCGGGCGGCAAUCGUUCUGCUGCCAUUGUUGGGCAUUACAAAUCUGUUGCAUCUGGUGCCGGCUCUGAAGACCGCCUGGAAAUUCGCCAUCUGGAGCUAUGUGACCCACUUUCUGACAUCCUUUCAGGGCUUCUUCAUAGCGCUCAUCUAUUGUUUCCUCAACGGCGAGGUGCGCGCUGUCAUGCUGAAGAGCAUCGCCGUCUGGCUGUCCGUGCGUGGCCAUCCGGAAUGGGCGCCCAAGCGCCCCUCCAUGUAUUCGGGCGCCUACAAUACCGCACCUGACACCGAUCCACAGCUGAAACCAGGCGACCCACAACAAUCCGGCAAGCGUCUAUCGCAGUCCACGAAGCGUUUGAAUUCCCGCAAGGCCAGCAGCGUGACCAUUGUCAUUAGCACCGAGCCGCAGAUCCACAGAUAUAUCCCAAGGCGCAACAACAACAACCGGGCCUCCACGGACAGUGCACGUGUCCGCGGCAUAUUGAAGGCCACGGAGGAGCCGGCCAGCGGCUCGGCCGUGGGCCAGCGUAUACGGAGCACGGAUGAUGGAGCAUCGACAACUGGACGCAACAGCAACUGGAUGUUCGGACUGUGCUUUCGCGGCCAAAAGGUACUGAGAGUACCGCCAGCGUCAUCCGUACCACCCGAGUCAGUUGUAUUUGAGUUGUCAGAGCAGUAGGCCAAUUUAGUUAUAGCCAAAUUGACGUAGUCCGUAUUCGUACUCGUACUCUCCCCCGUAGUUCCUUAGUUCUAUUAGAGCUUUAGAGCGCCUAGUGAUACACACCAGCUGUAGUCUUAAUUUUCCAACUACAACUUUGCCCACUUGCACAACACAGCCCCAAUCCACACAAUUGUAGCUUUUUAGCCCUACUGUACUGGAGCUGGGCGCAUGUCGUGUUCUUUCUCUGAUGCUGACACGAGCACGCAACACGCACUCGCACUUUGAAUAUCAAUUUUGGCACGAAAUCAAGACCGAACUCGCGACAACACGACCUAAAUCGUUUAAGCACGAGCAGCAAAAGUCGUGCCUAAGGUGUCACACGCGUGCGUAAAUUUAUAUCAUACACGAACUCGUGUUUGAAUAUCAGUUUUGGCACGAAAUCAAGACCGAACUCGCGACAACACGAUCUAAAUUAUUAAAGCACGAGCAGCACGUUAUCAAAGGUCGUGCCUAUCGUGUCCAGCGCGUGCUCAAAUUUAAAUCAUAUAAUCAGAACAGUUCAUAUCUAUUAAAUUUCCUUUAUAUACGACAAAUUCGUGUCUCGUAUUGUAAAAUCGUGUUUCCCGUGCCGUGCUCGUGUCUAGCCUCGGCAAAGCUGCAACACGCGCCCAUCUCUAUGCCAUACACUAGCCUCUAAGCUGGGCAAAAACACACGCUUGUUACGGAUUCGUUUAUUGUUUAUUGUUUUUUGCUGCUGCUGCUGCUGCUGCUUACGUAGUGUUAAAACCGUUCUAGCGACAGUUCACUGUAAACGAUAUUAUGUAUUUAGAGCACACAUUUGUAUGCCUUAUAUUUGAAACACCAAUCUACAUCGCCAAUUGUGACCCCAAAUAACUUCCCGUACAUCAUGCCAACAUAUUAUCAGACCCUAGUCAGUCUCUAAGAAUCCGCAAAACAAUAGAUUUUAGCAUGGUUUUCACAUAUUUCUUAUUUCAGCAAGACCUAUGCCUGGGUACUAUGGCAGCAUGUCAAUUAAAACAAUUUUCGUAAAUACUUGAUUUCAACAAAACAAAAACAAAAAAUGAAACAAAAAACAAAAAAAUACUAGAUAUAUUUUCAGUGUGACCGAAUAUAAAAACCGAAUUAUCAAAAAAUAACAUUUUUAUUAUUUUAU